GUGUGAUUGUCAAUUUUAGCGGCUAAACCAAUGCAGAAGUGAAAUCUGUAGGAUUAUUUGCUUUCAAAAAGACAUGGGUUGCUGGAGACCAAUUAAAUGAUAACAGGCGGAAGAGGUGUCUGCUUGUAAAUCUGGGACUGUGGCAGGGAUGAUAAUGGCUCACGUGGGAGCUGUAGUUGCUGCAGUCAUCGCGGUGUUUUCUAUGCUGCUACACUCUUCCAUACACAAGAUCGAAGAGGGACAUCUGGCUGUUUACUACAGGGGCGGGGCUUUGCUGACGACUCCAAAUGGCCCUGGCUAUCAUGUCAUGUUGCCGUUCAUCACCACCUACAGAGCCGUGCAGACAACACUUCAAACAGAUGAAAUAAAGAAUGUGCCUUGCGGAACGAGUGGCGGGGUCAUGAUCUACUUUGAUCGAAUCGAGGUGGUGAACAUGCUGGUUCCCUCUGCAGUGGUGGACAUUGUGAGGAACUACACUGCCGACUAUGACAAGACACUGAUAUUCAACAAGAUUCACCAUGAGCUCAACCAGUUCUGCAGCGUCCACACACUCCAGGAGGUCUACAUAGAAUUAUUCGACAUUAUAGAUGAGAACCUGAAGACUGCACUGCAAAAGGACCUGAAUGUCAUGGCACCAGGACUCACAAUACAGGCAGUUCGUGUCACAAAACCCAAAAUCCCAGAAGCCAUCAGAAGAAAUUUUGAGCUGAUGGAGGCGGAGAAAACCCGACUGCUCAUCACAGCGCAGACCCAGAAGGUGGUGGAGAAAGAGGCGGAGACUGAGAGGAAGAAGGCCAUCAUUGAGGCGCAGAAGGUUGCACAAGUGGCCGAGAUUCACUUCCAGCAGAAAGUGAUGGAGAAGGAGACUGAGAAGAAGAUCUCUGAGAUAGAAGACGCAGCGUUCUUGGCCAGAGAGAAGGCCAGGGCCGACGCCGAGUACUACACCGCAGCAAAGUUCGCCGAAGCCAACAGGCUGAAGUUAACCCCGGAAUACCUGGAGCUCAUGAAGUACCAGGCAAUCGCCGCCAACAGCAAGAUAUACUUUGGCCAGGACAUCCCCAACAUGUUCGUUGACAGCAGUGCGAUCCGUGGCCAGGUGCCGGGCGCGCCGGAACCCCCAGAGCUGCAGGAGUCCCUGGGCAAGGCAGAGAAGCACAGGAAAGCCGGGCGCUCAGCAGCCAGAGACUCCAGAACUGGCCCAGACCAGUGAGGACCUCUAGUGGAGAGUUUGUGUGGCACGCUUUCUACGUUUUUGUUUGUUUUCUGAUGGUACGAACGAUGAAGAAUAGCUGUGGUAGUUGUGGGGGUAGGUGGACUAGGGGAGGUGUAGGGAAUGCGGGUGUGCUUUCUUCCAAACGAAUACGCAAAGGCAAGGUCUAAACGGGCUGGCUGAGAGUGAUGAUCAAAUGAUUCAUGCCUUGCCUGGAAAUACUGCUGCCGAAAUGACGGGUGCCUGAACACCCCUGGAGCGGGUGUCAAGUUUAACCACUGUAAGAUGUAGCUGAACUGCGCUCUCUUCCUCUUUUUUAUGCAAAAAAGCUUGUUUUGCUUUGUGAGAUUUUACUGCCUCUGUUUUUUUUGCUUUCAUAAAUGCAGCAUUUCUGAUUAUUUGGCGAGGAGGGUUGAUUGGGGAAUGGCUUGUAUUUUAGCGAGCAGGGUUGAUUUGGGGAAUGGCUAGUAUUUAACGAUGCUCCUCUUUCGAGUUAACUGGAAUCUCCAGACCUCACGGUCGUUAUCAUGGGGGUUUAUCAAUGACGUGGUGGUUGCUUUCGUCAAGGUUUUUUUUUUUUUUUUGUCUUUUUUUGCUAGAGUAAUUAAAUUGAGUAUUGGAAUUCCAGUGUUGCACAUCACACAUGAAAUACAGCACAUCAUAAUGCUAUGUUCCAUAUCAAUGAUUUACAUUUAAGUUUGUUCAGCUCUGUAAUUUCUUCUGUACCAAGAAAUGGAUCAUCUGCAUCAAUAUCUCACUGGACAUGAUGCUGUGGUGGGGGGAAGGAAGCAUACAUUGAUUGUUCAGAUGUGUUUGCUGUUAGGUUUCGCAGGCACAAACGCAGGCACCGUGACUAAAUGUAAGGGAACCUGUGUUUGUUCCAAGACGGCUGAUCACAAGUCACAACACUACAGACAGGUUGAGCUGAGCUGGCACUGAAUGUUCAUUGAAAUGUGAGUUACUAUUUUAAAGUACAUUUAUGUUGAUGUAAGGCACUCCAAGUUUGAAUUAUUCAUGUUCUAAGAAGGGAUGAUUGACCUUUUAAAAGGCAUGGCGCUUCUGUUGUACAUAUGUCUGUCUGUAUCAGCUCUGAUGUAUGUAUUAACAUGUGGAAACUGCGAGGUUAAUUGGCAGAAUGGGUGUCGAGCACAAGCUGAACUCUUAGCGUUUGAGAAACUUAUUUUACUUUCAUGUUUUCCUUUCGUGGUGUGCACUGGUUUCAAGAUUGUUCUGAGGGAAAUCUUUGUUAGCUGAGAAGCUGGCAGCAGAUCACAUACUUCUGAGGAGUUAUUUUCCAGUUAUUUUAGCAAAGACUCUCAGGUACCAAGAAAGUGUUUGUAGUUGACUAUUGACCACAUCUGCCUUGAGCUGGGUGCUUGAAUUAUGGGCUCACUAUAAAUUUGUUUGUGGAAAACCAAGGGGGUUUGACCCAUUUAGUGGAGUACUUUUUUAACAUAAGGGAAACAAACAAAAUAUCUCUCCCUUUCUCUGUAAAGUCUGUGAUUGUAUAACAUAUUUUCAUAAAGAUGGCAGGGUCACACCACUGUGUGAGUUUAACAGAUGGUCUCUCUCCAUGCUGUUCAUUUAAGAAGAAAAUUUGUUUUUACAGGCCUUUACAAAGGAGUGGCAUCAUUGAAAAUGAAACGCAUUGGCAGUGAAACACUAGGGGGCGCACUUUUACUUUUGUGCGAUCUGGCUAAACAUGCAUGCACUUAAGAGGGAUGUGGCAACGUGCAUUUAGAUAUUUCGAAAUUAAUUAGUAUUUACCCUUGAGAACAACACCUCUAAUAGAAAAGAACAGUCAAUACAAUGUUGUAUUGGCUAUCAUAGAUCUCAGGAAAUACAAAGUAUAUUCCUAUAUUUGGCUGUUUUUUUUUUUUUUUUUGUUUUGGUUUUCUUUUACGACAAUUGACUGAGC